AUGUCUGAAGACCACAAGGUCUCCUUCAGAGGUGUCAAAUGUGGGGGAGUUCUCUCAGCCCCGCACGGCAAUUUCUCCAGCCCUAAUUUCCCCGGCCUCUACCCCUAUGACACUGAAUGUACGUGGCUCAUCGUGGUCACAGAAGGCUCCUCGCUCUUGCUAACCUUCAGUCACUUUGACCUGGAGUAUCACGACAGUUGUGACUAUGACUACAUCAAAAUCUACAAUGGGGCCAGCGAGGACCAAGGGAAUCUCCUGGGAAAGUUCUGCGGCAAGAGUUCCCCUCCGCAGUUCACAUCUUCCUGGCACGUCAUGUCCAUCAUCUUCCACUCGGACAAGCACGUGGCCAGUCACGGCUUCUCUGCAGCUUACCAGAAAGAUGUUUGCGGAGGGGUGCUCACAGGCCUUUCCGGAGGGAUCACAAGCCCCGAUUACCCAGAGAAUUACCCCAACAAUGCCGAGUGCCACUGGGUCAUCCAGGCGGCUCCAAACUCUGUUGUCAAGCUGGUCUUCAUUGACUUGCAAAUGGAAAACAAUGUGGAAUGCAACUUUGAUUACGUGGCCAUCUUCGAUGGGCCCACUCUGGGGGCCACGCACCUCAGCCGCUACUGUGGGAACAUGAAGCCUCCUGAUAUCAUCUCUUCCACCCACGAGCUCCUGGUGGUCUUCAAGUCAGACUUCAAUAUAGGAGGCCGAGGCUUCAAGGCCUACUUUUACUCAGCCGAAUGCCAAGAAGUCUACACAGUCGUCAAAGGGAAUUUCUCCAGCCCGCAGUAUCCCAAUUUUUACCCCAACAAUAUCAAAUGUCAGUGGACCAUCCAGCUGCCCCCAGGAUACCGAAUCAAAGUCUUCUUCCUGGACUUGGAUCUGGAGGGACGGAACAGCCUGACAGAUGGCUGUGAUUACGACCAUCUGGCAGUGUUUGAUGGAGGCAAUGAGAAGGCUUCCCUGCUGGGGAAGUGGUGUGGGAGAGAGAUGCCAUCUCCCAUAAUCUCCAGUGGAAACAAACUGCUGUUGGUCCUCCACACAGACAGGAACACAGCCAACCGGGGGUUCUCGGUAGUGUAUAUUGGAGUUGUGCCCAUGAACGUCAGCUGCACACGCACGGACUUUCAGAUCCAGAUCCCCAUGAGGUCUCUGGCUGAGCUGGAGAGAAAUAAGAUCUACUUAGGGACUCCCUCCUGUCCUGCCCAGGUGGUCGGCCUGAACUUCAGGAUCCACACGAGGUUCGACACCUGUGGUACCGAGUCCCAGAAAAGAAACAACACAUCCAUGAUCGUUAGCAUCCUGUACAUCAACUUUUCAUCAGGGGACCAGGAGGACAUUCACAAGUACGAAGUGCAGUGCGAGCCCAGAAGGAAGGAAGCCUCCGUAAACCUCCUCUCAGGCUCCGAUCCCUACCGGCUGAGCCAGUACGCCAAGAACCUGGUGGAGUCGCAGCAACAGGACGCCGAAGCCAUAGACACCUAUGAGAUCAAGAGCCAAGACACCAGCGACAUCGUCUUCAUUAGCAUCUGUAUCCUUGCCGGCAUCCUCAUGGUGAUUGCUGUGGUUGGACUAGUGUUGCUAUAG